AGCUAGCCAGCUACCCAGCAGCUGAAGCUCCAUAAUCCCCAACAUCCCCAAUACCCACAAUACCCGCAGACGAAUUCACAUUCAACCAAAAAUGGGAAGCUGUUGCUCAAAGGAUUUGGAUGAUAAGCGCUCCUGGAGUCCCGAGGAGACCAAAAAUGGUAGCACCACAUCGACCAUCAUUGCCCAGCCCAUGGAUGAUGUGGGCACCACCGGAGUGUUUACCCUCACACGCACCACCACAACGAGCACACAGGAGAAAACGGUGACCACCACCAGCGAUGGUGACCAGGAGUAGCGUAGCCAAUGGAUAAAUGGAUAAAUGGAUAUGGAUCCAUCUGCAAAUAUGUAUAGACCUAAAGUGGAGCCAUAAUUAUUGUAUCCUACAAUAACAUCAUAAUUAUUUUUUUUU